GGCCCAGGAGCAAACCUGGAGGUGAGACCUGAAGAAAGCUGGAACCAUGCUGACCUUAUGCAUUGGAAAAAAGCAGAUUCUAUUCCUGGAAAGCCCAUCAUCAUUGCAGAUGAGGAAGACGGGGGUUCCCAAAUCUGCCGUGUAUGUGGAGACAAGGCCACUGGUUAUCACUUCAAUGUCAUGACAUGUGAAGGAUGCAAGGGCUUUUUCAGGAGGACCAUGAAACGCAACGCCCGGCCGCGGUGCCCCUUCCGGAAGGGCGCCUGCGAGAUCACCCGCAAGACCCGGCGUCAGUGCCAGGCCUGCCGCCUGCGCAAGUGCCUGGAGAGCGGCAUGAAGGAGGAGAUGAUCAUGUCUGACGCCGCCGUGGAGCAGAGACGGGCCUUGAUCAAGAUGAAGAAGAGAGAACGGAUGAGGACGCAGUGGCUGGGAGUGCGGGGGCUGACCGAAGAGCAGCAGAUGAUGAUCAGGGAGCUGAUGGACGCUCAGAUGAAGACCUUUGACACCACCUUCUCCCAUUUCAAGAAUUUCCGGCUGCCGGAUGUGCUUAGCAAUGGCCGUGAGAUUCCAGAGUCUCUGCAGACCUCCUCGGGGGAAGAAGCUGCCAAGUGGAGUCAGAUCAGGGAAGAUCUGUGCACUGUGAAGGUCUCCCUAAAGCUGCGGGGGGAGGAUGGCAGCGUCUGGAACUACAAACCCCCAGCUGACUGUGGCGGGAAAGAGAUCUUUUCCCUGUUGCCCCACAUGGCUGACAUGUCAACCUACAUGUUCAAAGGCAUCAUCAACUUUGCCAAAGUCAUCUCCUAUUUCAGGGACCUGCCCAUCGACGACCAGAUCUCCCUGCUGAAGGGGGCCACCUUUGAGCUGUGCCAACUGAGAUUCAACACCGUGUUCAAUGCGGAGACCGGGACCUGGGAGUGUGGUCGGCUGUCCUACUGCUUGGAAGACCCCGCAGGUGGCUUCCAGCAACUGCUACUGGAGCCCAUGCUGAAAUUCCACUACAUGCUGAAGAAGCUGCAGCUGCACAAGGAGGAAUAUGUGCUGAUGCAGGCCAUCUCCCUCUUCUCCCCAGACCGCCCAGGCGUGGUGCAGCGCAGUGUGGUGGACCAGCUGCAGGAGCAGUUUGCAGUCACCCUGAAGGCCUACAUAGAAUACAAUCGGCCCCAGCCUGCCCACCGGUUCCUGUUCCUGAAGAUCAUGGCUAUGCUCACCGAGCUCCGCAGCAUCAAUGCCCAGCACACCCAGCGGCUACUGCGCAUCCAGGACAUACACCCCUUCGCUACUCCCCUCAUGCAGGAGUUGUUCAGCAUUACGGACGGCUGA